UCGGUGCUCGGGGACGCUCCGGAGCGGGGCCGCGGCCGGGGCCGGGCGGCCGCAGCAGCCGCAGAAGCCUAAUUAAGAAAAUUUGGGUGAUUUUCCAUGUUCAGUGUCCUGGAAUGAAUUUGAUGUCUUCGAUGCCUGUUCUGAGAAGCUGUUUUCAAGUGCAUGAAGAACAGAGGAGAUAUUUCCGCUUAUCAGAGAUGAUGUGGAGAGACUCUUUAUCACUGGUGGAAGAGGAGGAUCCUCAUAUGAAAGUAUCUCUUGGUAGCAGCGAUAUGGGCGUCUCUGCCCAUCUGCAGUCUUCGAAGACAGGAACCACAAGAUUUUUCACCAGCAAUACUCACAGUUCUGUGGUAUUACAGGGUUUUGACCAGCUGCGAGUGGAAGGCUUGCUCUGUGAUGUGACGCUCGUUCCUGGAGAUGGUGAUGAGGUGUUUCCCGUCCACAGAGCAAUGAUGGCUUCUGCAAGUGAUUACUUCAAGGCCAUGUUCACAGGAGGAAUGAAGGAACAAGAUUUAAUGUGCAUUAAGCUUCAUGGUGUGAACAAAAUAGGCCUAAAGAAGAUCAUUGAUUUCAUCUACACUGCAAAACUUUCCCUUAACAUGGACAACCUUCAGGACACUCUGGAAGCUGCCAGUUUUUUGCAGAUUUUACCCGUUUUGGACUUCUGUAAAGUAUUUCUUAUCUCUGGGGUUUCUUUGGAAAACUGUGUUGAGGUUGGGCGAAUUGCCAACACGUACAACCUCACAGAAGUGGAUAAAUAUGUUAAUAAUUUCAUCCUGAAGAACUUCCCUGCAUUAUUAAGUACUGGUGAAUUUGUGAAACUCCCCUUUGAACGUCUUGCCUUCGUGCUUUCAAGUAAUAGCCUUAAGCACUGCACUGAACUGGAGCUCUUCAAGGCGGCAUGUCGCUGGCUGCGCUACGAGGAACCCCGCAUGGAGUACGCUGCAAAGCUCAUGAAGAACAUCAGGUUUCCCCUGAUGACACCCCAGGAUCUUAUUAACUACGUUCAGACAGUGGACUUCAUGAGAACUGACAACACCUGUGUCAACUUGCUCCUGGAAGCCAGCAAUUACCAAAUGAUGCCGUACAUGCAGCCGGUGAUGCAGUCGGAGCGGACAGCGAUCCGCUCGGACAGCACGCACCUGGUGACCCUGGGGGGAGUGCUCAGGCAGCAGCUGGUGGUCAGCAAGGAGUUACGGAUGUACGACGAGAAGGCCCACGAGUGGAAAUCCUUGGCCCCCAUGGACGCGCCCAGGUACCAGCACGGCAUCGCCGUCAUCGGGAACUUCCUGUACGUGGUGGGGGGCCAGAGCAAUUACGACACCAAGGGAAAGACGGCGGUCGACACGGUCUUCAGGUUUGAUCCUCGCUACAACAAGUGGAUGCAAGUGGCAUCUUUAAACGAGAAACGGACCUUCUUCCACCUAAGUGCCCUCAAAGGACAUUUGUAUGCAGUUGGAGGUCGGAAUGCAGCGGGUGAGCUAGCCACUGUGGAAUGUUACAACCCCAGAAUGAACGAGUGGAGCUACGUGGCAAAAAUGAAUGAACCCCACUAUGGUCACGCUGGAACAGUCUAUGGGGGAUUAAUGUAUAUUUCAGGGGGAAUCACCCAUGAUACUUUCCAAAAGGAACUCAUGUGUUUUGACCCUGACACAGACAAAUGGACUCAGAAAGCUCCGAUGACGACGGUCAGAGGUCUGCAUUGCAUGUGUACUGUGGGAGACAAGCUGUAUGUUAUUGGUGGAAAUCACUUUAGAGGAACAAGUGAUUAUGAUGAUGUUCUAAGCUGUGAAUAUUACUCACCAACUCUAGACCAGUGGACUCCAAUUGCCGCCAUGUUACGUGGGCAAAGUGAUGUUGGGGUUGCUGUCUUUGAAAAUAAAAUCUAUGUUGUUGGAGGAUAUUCUUGGAAUAACCGGUGCAUGGUGGAAAUAGUUCAGAAGUACGAUCCAGAAAAAGAUGAGUGGCAUAAAGUAUUUGACCUUCCAGAAUCCCUUGGUGGCAUUCGAGCCUGCACUCUCACUGUUUUCCCUCCGGAGGACAAUUCAGGGUCACCGUCUAGAGAGUCUCCUCUUUCAGCACCUUAGAACCAUCCCUUGACUCACGAUGUUGUAGUUACACCUCUGCACUGCACCAUGGGGUCUAUUAUUUUUCUUCAGUAGUUUCUGUUAGGCUUAGCCUACAGCAUUUCAUACAAUUACUGGGAAAAAGAAAAGACUUUGACAUUAUUUGUGCUGUUUGUUUGGCCUAGAAUGUCUCUCAAGUGGUUAACAGAAAAAAAUGUACUCACCCGAGCCAAAUGUUUAACAAAUGAGAGGAUAUUGUCUAUAAAAUGUAUGAGCUAGGUACGUUAUAAAUGUUGUAUGUUGGGUGUGAGGUACCUUAUAGCUUACAUUUGGGAGCCUAGUGAGUCAAAUUUGUAUUGAACAUGUCACUAAAUUUCAUGUUGAAAACCUUUUUCCUUUCAUUUUUGGCUGCAGAUUACAAGGGUAGGUAGACCACAUCAAUGUGAACUGUCUGAAGGUUGCCAAGGGGCCUGAGCUACCUCCCUCUUUACACAGAGUAUUUUUGACAUAUCUGUUUACCCACCUGACUUUGUGGGUGCUUUCAGAGCAUAUGAAGUUUCUUAGGCAGAGGGAAGAAAUAAAAUAAUUUUAAAAUAUUAGCACUGUACAGGAGCGGACCUUGUAGAGGCCGGGAGUUUUUUAUAACAAUAUAUCAAGUGUUUUUCCUGAGUCAGUUGAAUGAUGCUUCAAACAAAACAUCCUUAACGUGUUUGUGUUUUACAAUUUGUUUUUUUGUUUCAGGAAUUGGCUUCCACUUGCAUGGGAGCACACACCAUUAACGGACAGGAGUUCAGUGCAGUAGUGUAUUCUGUUGUAUGGCUGUACUGAAUAUGGGUAGUUAAGGGCUAGAAACAGUAACUUAAGCCACUGAAUUUGACCAAAAGGUUCCAUCCAAUCAAAUUUAAUCUACCUUUUCUCCUUUGCUGUUGAGAUAACUUGCAUAAUGUGUCCUCUGUAUAGUCUCAGUUAAUAAGGUUAUUUAGCACAAAGUGCAGCUUCAGUGAGAGAGCUGCUUUUGCUCAGUGAACCUGGACUACCACGUUUUACCUUCUUUUGUUCAAUAAAACUUUUAACUGCAGUUACCCAGUCUAAGCUACCUCAUUAAUGUAUUUGGUUUUCUUCCUCUGCCUCACUGUCUCCAGGAUACGCAUUACGUAUAUCCAUGUGGGUAGAUGAAUUUGCUAGGAAACCAAUGCAGAAGUGAUCCUGAAUGGGUAUUUUUGACCUACUUUUAAGAAACUAUUUUGGUCUGAUGUGUUAAUUUUAUUGUUAUGGACUGAUGAAAAAAACAGUCCUAAUGUUUUUUCCUUUUCCUGCUUAUGUGUGCAGCCUCGCAAAUUCCCAGGAAUCUUUGCCUGCUCCAAAAUACAGUGCCCUGCUGACAAACUGCAGCUCUGAUUAUGUCAUUGUGCUUGUUCUGAACUUCCCAUCACGUUACAAGUCAUUUUGCUGAUGAACACAGUCACUGGGGCAUCCUCUGGGGAAAACUGUUUAAACCAGCUUAUUGUGUUACCUAUUAAUAAUAACCAAGUAAAACUUAGAAGACUUUUGUUGGGAGUUUGCUAUUUGUGUUUUGUCCCUGCUUGAUGCAUCAAGCAGCAGGAUUACUGUGGUGUCACUUUUGGAUAAUGAUAUUUAUUCUUUGUGCAGGUUACUAGUAAUGUGCAGCAUGCUGGGCCCAUAUGGUCUGGCUGGGUGUCACCUUGGGAUCCUUGGUGAGAGGUCCUCGAGAGGGUGACGAAUAAAUGAGGGAUUGGCACGAUUCAGUGACCUGAGAAAUAAUACUUUAAUAUCCAAAACAACAAACGCAUGGAUAGGGUGACAGAAAAGGCCAGGGUCCAGGGUAAGAGAGUAACUCAUAUGAGGUAUGUUGAGGGCAGAGCCUGAGGGAAAGGAUCCAAUAAAAAAACAAAGAUUAGGAACAUGUAAAACAAUGCAGCAAAUCUAAACCAAUAAUAACAAAGAAACCAUAGAACUUUCUAGUACUAUUAACAUGUAACUUUCCAGGGGGCAUUGUGGGUGAGCAAAACUAAAGGAGAUUCCUCUUCUCAGGGCCUCUGGGCCAAAGUCCCUUGCCCUGAUGGACUCCAACGGUAAUGGUCACUACCAAAAUCUACACGUAAGCUUUAGGUUUCAUAAUUGUUUUGGUUAAAAUCAAAAGCAAUUUUUCUUCUAUAAAAAAUUUAAGUCUCAAUUCCAUGGGGCUGUGCAAGGUUGUUGCAGGUGGAAUUAGUGGCACCAGUGGAUAGUCCUGGAAACUGGCCAGUGAAGAUAAAUUAACUCAUCACCCUAAGAAUACUGUUCUUAUGCUGUGCAAAGCACUGGAUAGAAAAAUGUUGCUCUGUUGUUUAAGGAUUUGUCAGUCAUUUAAGUGUCACAUGCUACUAAUUUUUUUUCCAGACAAGAUUUUAGACCCUACUUGAGUUUAAGUCCCCUGAAAUCCAAAUUCAGUGUCUCUUAUUAAUUAAACUGAAAAGUACUUGAAGGAGUUUCAAUUCCUUUAGGAUAAUGUAAAUAUAUCCUGCUCUUUGUAUGCUGGGAUGAGGGACACAGUGUUUAAAAGUGAGUAUCUUCACUGGUAUUCUCUGUUUGAAAGAAGCUUAACAUGGAUUCUGAUCAUUCUGAGGUGGUUUAAAGCCAGGAUGUCAGUUUUGUUUCUGAGCCUUGAAUAGGUAGGAGCUGAUAUGUGGCCGCAAUGUUGAGGCUUUUUUGGUUUUUUGUGGGUUUUUUUAAGUGACUCAUUAUCUGUUAUACAUGAAGUGGAAUUAUUUUUGAACAUUUUGUCAUCAGUGGAUUAAAUGUAGUGCUUCAAUCAAAUUAAUUGUUGGGUUUUUUUUUGUUGUUUGUUUGUUUUGUUGUUGUUUUAAACCUCCCGUGGAUUAAAAUAUUUAUAAUUAUAUUAGUUAAUAUUUACUCACUAGGAUUGAAAAGCAAGCAUCAAAGACUUGCCCAAAACUGCAAACUGGUUUCUUCUGUAGUGUAGUAUAAAAUGACUUGAUGCUCAUUGCAUCUUGCUUAACCAGAGCAUAAGAACCCCUUUCCAUCUCUGAAUCCACAGCUGUAGGUAUAUACAUGGAUACAGCAAAUUCUCAUCUCCAUUUCCAGUCAGGCUGCCUCUUCAUAAGUCUUGGAUUCUCUCAUGUUGUAGCUGUAGUACCUAAAUCAGAAAAGCAUCUGGAUAAAAAGCAAUUACAGCUAUUUGACUUGAAUUAAAUUAAGACUACAUGGUGUGCCAGCUGGGAGAGCCACAGGAGCUGUCUGUCCUCUCCCAGUGAUGCAAAAUAUUGGUGCCAAAUUAGCACCAAAUGCCAAAAGUGCUCACUUCUGUGUACCAUUUGCCCAAAGGCCCAUCUGAUAUCCCUGCAAAACUCAGCACUCUGACUCCAGACAUCUGAGAUUCCAUUUUCCUUCAUCUGUGUUUUGAGAUAGAACAGGAACAAUGGGGAAGAAGACCUGGGAAAAUCCAGGUUAUCAAAAGUUUCUUUGCCCUGUUAACAUCAGUGAUUUCAUCAUCUGCAGAUAUCCAUUUUUCUGUAAUUCCCCUCCCCUUGGAACGUUGUCAAGUCCAAGAACCUGGUCCAGGGAAAGCAAUUCCUGCUAGGAUCCAGCCAGUUCUCUGGCUUCUUGGGAUAAUGGAGUUGUGCUGAAGGGAUGAGCACUAGUGCAGCAGAACACGGCUGACAGCCUGGCUGUGGCUCUACAGGCCCCUUGGGUGGAAAAAUCACUUUACCUGUUCUCAGGACAAAAGUGAGCUGUUUUCUUAUAAACAAUGCUAUUUUUAAAUUGCCCAUUCUGUUUCUGGUGGGGGUGGGAUCUCUAAGGAAUAGCAUUUUAGUUACAGUCAGAAGCUCAAACCAGUAGUCUGCUCCUAUAGUGGAAUAAUGGCAAUCAUGGAUUAGGGUACUUUGCAUCCAGAUAAAAAAAGUUCUCCCUAAAGGUUUAUACUCUUAAUCUGAUGGGCUGAUUGGACAUCAAAAAAUAAUUCAAUACCACAGCAACAAGUGCAGUACAAAUAUCUGGAGAAGUUUUAACCGAAGAGUUGGGAAUGAUCUGAUCAGAAAAGAUCAUGGCACUUUUCUUUGCAAAAUUCAUUCUGCCUACCAGAACUGUUCCUUCUUAAUUUGCCCUCCAGCUGCUGAUUACCUCAGCUUUGCACUGGUGUCUGACUCUGCUGGUCACUGGUUUUUUAAUCCUUUGCUUUUGUAGCUGACAUCUCUGUUACUUUGCUCCUGAUCAGGACAGAUAAAGCUGAAGCUUUUUUAGUGGAACUGUCCUUACAUCAAGGGACAAAACAGCCCAUUGUUGAUAAAUGUAUUCAUCAUUCAGCUUGUGCAUUCUUGGAAAUACAGAAUCAGUUUUAAGCUAGUGAAAGGUGUGUGCAUGUUGCAGGAGUAAUGUGUGUCCUGUUUCCUCCUGGCUUUGCACCUUACAUGGUGUGUGCAGGGCUGUGUGUGGUGGGUACCCAGAGAUCUGGAGGGAGAGCAAAGCUCUCCUGUGGCACUUUAUGCUUUCCAUGCUCUGUGAAAGUCUUCUUUACUUGCACACCGUAUGUAGCUUAUUGGGUAUUUUUUCUUUUGUAUUUUAGUUUAAAUGUGAAUAAUGAUUCUUUGUGUGCAAAUGCUGUCAGAAAAAAAGUCUUAAAGGGCAGAGUUAUACUUUGCUUAACUGAUGAAGUUUUUAGCCUGGUGAGUAUUGCAGGACCAGUUCAGCUGUGAAAAGGUGACUGCAGUUCGAGAGCAAGCUAGGAAAUCUGGAUGGCUUUCCUGCCUGUCACCAGUUCAGCUGUUCUUCUUGCCAGUCUUUUACAGGUCAUUAAGUGAACUUCUUUUCUCAGUCCAUAGGCUCCAUAUUUUGAUGUCCAGCUCUGUUGGACCUGCUGAUUACCCACUCUGGGGAAAACGUGGUGGGAUGUGUGUUCACAACCUGAACAACAUGGCUUGUUUUUUUCAGGAAUUCCACCAUCAAAGACAUACAGGAGUCCUUCAGAGUUCUUUAAUGACCUGGUAAUUUGUAUAGAAGAUGUAGCCCAGAUAAGCUGGAAGUGGUGCUACAGCAGGAGCCAUAAGUGGCUGACAUUCAUGAGGGGAUGGUCUCCUACUAUAUGUAUUACGAGUGCUGUUUUUUUUCCCCAUCUUUAGGAGUAUUUAUUGCUGCUGUUUGACUUUUUAACUUUUUAUUCAUGAAAUGAGUAAUAAUGCCUCUCUGAGUCUGCAGUGGGAGCAAAAGGUUCAGGUGUCUCUUUCAGAGCUUCAUGCUGUCAGGAUACCCACAUGGUUAUUAAACCCUUCCUAUUUGGAACCCUGUUCCCUAAACAUUUAGGAGAAAUCAUUUUGCAACGUGAAAAGAUCUCAGAUGAAAAUGUGUUUGGGACUGGAAGAGAAAUGCAUCUUGGUUUAGAACUUCGAGAUAAAUAUAUAUAUAUAUAUAUUUAAAUAUAGUUGGCUAAAGUGAGUCAAAGCCCAGUUGUUUGUACCUGCUUGCAGUCUUGGCUGGCCUGUUGCUGUAUUCUCCCUCAGACCACAGCAUUCUGUACUGCUUCCUUGUGGAAGAGCACCUCCUGUCUUCUCUGCUACCUCUUGAUUGAGUUCCAAAAUAAAUCUGAGCUUGGAUUCUUUCAACUGAAGUACCUGUGGGGCUGAAGACCACGUGGAUUCAAGCUGUGGAUUGAAGGCCGUGGCUUUGACAUUUGAUUCCCCACCAGCCCCUCACUACUUUGCAAGAUAUUCCCAAACCCAGCUAAAAUCUGUGUGCAGGAGGCAAAUCUCUCAGGCUGGAAAUUUUAGUAACCCAGGCAUCUCAAGAACACCAGAGUGUCCUCGUCCCCUUUGCAAGGACUGUUGUGCACACGAGCUGCUGAGUGCUCUGGAACGGGGCAGACACAGGAGCUCCUUGGGUGACCACAGCUUUUGUUGGCCUUUGGUUCUGCUCUUUCUUCUGUGCCCAGAUGGAGAUGGUGGGAGAGAAGGUCAGGGUUGGGUCACACUUUCCAGCUGUCAGUAGAGAGCAAGUUUGUUUAUUCUCAACUGUCUGCACAACACUGCAGGAAAAACACCUGUAGGAACAUUUCAGAUUUUAAACAUUGUUUCACAGAACAGUAUUCAUUAAUAAAGGAGACUUACUCUGUUUUAACCAGUGUUCCUCAUAACCAGGAUUGUUCCAAAAUACUUAGCUUCUGUUGAAUGAAUAACUUUGCCUUUACCUCCCUUGUUCAGUGUUACUGUAAAAAAAUUGGCUUGGUUUCUUUUCCAUUUGUUUUUCAUUGCUUGUAACAUUUUCUUAGAAAUGUGGAAAUAAUUUUCCUUACAUGUUUUAUGCACCGAAAUAAACGCACCACUGAUCACCUGA